AUGGUGGAGGCGCAGCAGGAAGGGAAGGCACUAGAUCCUCGAGACCAGGUGGAACGCCUCCUGGCUUCUGCAUGGGGUCCCAGUGGUGUGGUGUCCUCAGGACGACACACACGUACACGACGACAGCUACCUUUCAGGAACGAUUGGGCGACAUGGAGCGGCUGGUCCGUGUGCUCACGUAGCUGUGGGGGUGGAGCCUCAGUCCGCACACGAACCUGCAUCACCAGGAACCCCGUGGGCGGGCCAUGUGCAGGAGAUCCAAGACAGUACAAGAUCUGCAACACCAAGGAUUGUCCGCUUGGCUCUGAAGACUUCAGAGAGAUGCAGUGUGCUGCCUUCAAUGACAGGCCGCUGGUGGCUGGAAACUCCUUCAAGUGGACCACCUUUCAUGGAGGUUCCAACCCCUGUGAACUGAGCUGCUUGGCCCUGGGUCACAACUUCUACUACAACUUUGGCCGUGUGCUCGAUGGCACAGCCUGUGAGAAGGAGUCUGGUGCGGUGUGUGUCAACGGGCGCUGCCUGAAGCCGGGCUGUGACUCCAUCUUGGGUUCGAAACAGCAGGAGGAUGCCUGCAUGGUGUGUGGAGGCCAAAACACCACCUGCUUGCACCAUAAGAGUGUGUAUCAGAGCAACCACCUGGAGGCAGGUGGGCCAUUUGGAUACAGUGAAGUGGCCAUGAUACCAGCUGGAGCCACUCACAUUCGAGUCACUGAUAACAGCAAGAACUACCUUGCCCUCCAGAAUGGCCGCUCCCAGUUUGUGAUCAAUGGUAAUUGGAAAAUCAGUGUUCCAGGUGAGUACAGCAUAGCUGGGACAAAGCUACUGUAUCGGCGCGCGGCAGACACCUGGGAGAGCUUCGAGGUGGCAGGACCCACGCAGGAAGACCUUCAUCUCAUGGUGCUGGCAACAGACAAAAACCCAGGCAUAGAGUACGAGUACUGGCUGCCACCAGACCGUUAUGCCCUCUACCACGCAAGGAGGAGUCCUCUGCGUCAGGCUCACCACACUGCCACCUACUUUCCACGGCUACAAUCUACAACCACUACUUCCACCACCACCAGGCUGCCUACUGUGACAAGCCAACCACACUGGUUGUUCCCUGGCGACUGGCCUGUGCAACCGCCACAUCAACCUUCACACCACCACCAGCACCCUCGCCAGCCUGUCCUGCCCCGCCUGGAGCGCGAGGACAACUACAGAAACCAGCUGCCAGAGCCUUCACCUGGAAGGCAUUGUGGGAAAUGUAGGCGUGCUCGGGGUCGAAGGGAACGUGAGAGACAAUAUUGCCAGAAGGACUUUGUUUUCCGAGCUAAAGUCCUCGGGAAGUUGUACAGAGGUGAGGAGACACGUUAUGACAUCCAAAUCAUUCACACCUACCGGAACCGUUUCCGCCUAGAGCACCGAGAAUUCUUGUGGGUCCAGAACGUGUGUGACUGCCCCCAUCUGGAGAAGGGGAAGCAGUACGUGCUGAUGGUGCGGCGGCACAUUAAUUACGAGCACACGUUAAACCGUAUCCUGCUGGAAGAGGAGAGCUACAUGGUGCCGUACCGACCCAGAGAGGAUGCACUGUUGCGCCCACUCGAGAGGCUCUGUAGCAACAGGGGGCCGAAACAGCCCACAGAACUGAGGGGCCGAGUGUAGAGACAUGUCCACUGUUUAGUUUCUGAACAGA